AACGGACAGACAUGCCGGAGCAUUGAAAAAGACACCCUGGCUGCAACAACUAUAUUCUGACCGAGCAACACAAGCAAUUUCAAGUAGCAGGUUGCCUCACAUCGUCUCAGACCACGUUGGUUUGGACAGAACUAUGCCCUCCAAGGAUGAACAUAAAGCUAAAGUCUCUUGAGUGUAUGACUGGAAUGUCAGGCUCAUCACUCCACCACAUUGGUGGUUCGAGAAUGCAAUUUUACCGCUUAUUCUUGAGAUCUUUCUCAUAAACGCAACCAUAUUGUCUAUAGUAUACAAUGAUCAACUGAUAGUGCGUAAUGUGGGUUAGACUGGUUUGAUGCCGUUUAUUGCUGCAGAUGGCUUGGUUGUCGACCUGCCAGGGAAACAUUCCAAUUGGCCAAAGUCCAUUUGCUUGUUUUCGAUUCAGGCCAAGGACGUCUUGGGACAGCGGAAUGGCAGGCCAGGCAUGUGCGAUCAGUGUUACCUGCACUUCAACUGGUUUGAUACCCUGAUCAGGAGUCUGGACCUGGUUUCGGAUCCCCUGAUAUUUGGGCGUCACAAACUCAGUCUCAGGGCAAGAACCGCGACUUUCUGACGAAAUAUUUUCCUCCUGUAUUCGGAUACAGGAGGUAAUGUGGCCAGGAUGGUGAUAAUUGAUGAAACAGCAAUAUCCUGGACGACUCAUUUCACUACCUGUGAUUCAGAAGCAAUUCGCUGUCCAAGUUGAACUUUGAACAAACUUGACAGCCGAAGGAAGGGAUCUUUUGGGGCAGACAGGACUUUGCUCCUUCCAUAAUGGAAACAGAAGGCAGGGAUGAUUCUGUUUGCUCGUGGCUUACAUUUGGAAUACAGCGUUUUGUUGCUACACGCAGAUGAACUCGAAAGAGAGUUAGUAUGGCCUACAGGACCAUAAGCAUGUGAGAGGAGAGAAGUCAGCGCCGACUAUGGCAAAGGAAGGGCGAGCGCACGAGACGUGGCCAAGCAAGCCAUCUGAGUUUUGGAUGUUUGGCCUGGCCAAACAUCCGACCGAGAGAACUGGACGUUGUGGCAAUGGGCUUGCCAGCAUCAGGAACAGGCCAGAGCCACCGUCAGCGCGGGACGAAGAAGCAUCAUCGGUUGAAGCAUCAGUGCCUACGGUGAAGCACGUCACGCAGACCCGAGGGGAUCGGCGACGUGUGGACUUGGAGCUAGAGAUUCUCGCGUUCAUGGUUAAAACAACAAAUUUGGAAGGAGGAGCCUCUUUCUGCUGGUCGUGGUCAUUUAGGAGAAGCAAUGAUUCCGGAAGAUGCUGGUUAGCACCUGGGUGGGAGGAGAAGGAAAAAGCUUCCUAUCUAGGUAUUGGUGUUCCGGAAAUUACCGACCCUCUCCGUAUCGUCAACGAGCUUUGAGGAGCAAGACUGCAUGUGUUUCUUCUUCUCGUAAGUGAAGAGGCCCACCCAAACUGGUGGGAAGGAGAGUUCUCUCGAGUGACGAAUCGACUUGACUCGGAGCCAAAUGAAUCUAAGCAGGAUGCAACCAAGGGCGACCGGGUAGCGGGAAUAUUGAUUCAAGACGCGACGGGAACGGCCUCGAUGAUAUUGAAGCCGCUCCCUUGGAACCCGUUGAGAAAGAUCGAUACUUUUUAUCUAACGAGGAGCCAGCGCUUUCAAUUUUUGAAUUUAGAAAACUUCAGGGUAGCAGAUUCCUCGGUAGUUGCGUAGAGUACCUUCGGAGUUUGGAAGUCUUUCCGGUUUCUUCAAAGAUCGAAAGCCUGAUACGACGAGUGGGUUAGGCAAAUACAACGUCUGGUCCUUCCGGCCAUUCUUCAGUCAGGAAAUAUAGACUGGACUUGGGAGUCUACACGUGGCGGUGAAAGCUGCGAUAAAGAGAUUCACCUGGGGUGAUGCAAAGUGGUAGGAUGACAGCGUUGUCAAAAGGACAGGGUUGCCUAGAGCCAGGCAAGGAUCAAAAUGCAAGCCGGGAAGGAAUUUAACCAGGGGGUUGGAAAAUGCUUGUAUAUUGAACCACGGUUCAAGGGUUGAAUCACCAGUAAAUCCUAAGACAUGAUUGGGCAAUGCAUGUUCUUCGGGAUGCAAGACUCUACAGCAAGUGAAGUCUGAGUGGAUGCUGCAGCUCAAGCUGUAAAGGACUCCAAGAUCGACAAGUUUCCUUACUUCAACCGAAUGUGGACAAACCCAAUGCCGACAUGAAAAUAAGUUAGCUGCGGGUUGAACGUGGUGUUGUGUAAGUAGAUGAUUACAUUAAAUAAGCCAAAUGUAGUAGCUGAUUGUUACUGCCCAAAUAAAAAAUGUGUCCACGGUGGGCCGAACGUAAUGUUGUGUAAGUAGAUGAUAACAG